AGAAAAGUCAAUGAAAAAGGAUUUUAUAAGGUAAAGAAGAAAAUCCUUAAUUUAUAAGCUACACGAUUAUGAUUUUCUAUAUAAUCACUUUAUGUUUAUUCCUUUCCUAUCAAAAAACUGUUUCAGUAAAUAAUGAAACCGUCAAUUAUGCUUUGUAUAAGAGUUCUAUGGAAAAUGUGGAUUUAUUCGAAGGCGAUAUUAGAUUGGAUACGUCAUUUGGAGAGAGUCGAGCAGUUGUACUGAAACAGAGUGAACUUUGGGAUGAUGGUAUAAUAUAUUACAAGUUUUCUCCUUUCCUAAAUUAUUACAGAAUUAAGUUUUUAAAGUCAAUUUUUAAGUACAUGGAGUAUGUAACUUGCUUACGCUUUGUAAGAAGAAGAAGAGAGAAUAACUAUAUUUAUAUACAGGAAGGGAAAGGAUGUAAUUCCUACGUUGGAAAGGAGGGUGGACGUCAGAUUCUUAAUUUAGGAAGUGGAUGUUGGAACAUCGGAAUAAUACUUCACGAAUUAUGCCACGCUAUUGGAUUGUAUCACGAACAUAGUCGACCAGAUCGUGAUAAAUAUAUAAAAAUUUUAUGGGAUAAUAUUACAGAUGUCGCAUUUAACCGACAUGACGGUAACCCCGGGAUUUCCGACACGCUGGUCUCCCCAUUUAUAUGCGGCAUGCCAGUCAUUCCGCAAAAAUACGAUAUGAAGACCAAAUCACACGAUACUUCGCAACAUUCNAUGGAAAAUGUGGAUUUAUUCGAAGGCGAUAUUAGAUUGGAUACGUCAUUUGGAGAGAGUCGAGCAGUUGUACUGAAACAGAGUGAACUUUGGGAUGAUGGUAUAAUAUAUUACAAGUUUUCUCCUUUCCUAAAUUAUUACAGAAUUAAGUUUUUAAAAUCAAUUUUUAAGUACAUGGAGAGUGUAACUUGCUUACGCUUUGUAACAAGAAGAAGAGAGAAUAAUUAUAUUUACAUACAGGGAGGAAAAGGGUGUAAUUCCCACGUUGGAAAACAGGGUGGACGUCAGAUUCUUAAUUUAGGAAGAGGAUGUUGGAACCUCGGAAUAAUAGUUCACGAAUUAGGCCACGUUAUCGGCUUUUAUCACGAACAUAAUCGACCAGAUCGUGAUAGAUAUAUAGAUAUUAAAUGGAGUAAUAUUAUAGAUGAACAUACGAAAACGUUUCUGAUGUACGAUAAAAAUUUGUUGAGGAUAUGUGACAAAUAUAGUUACGAUAGCAUUAUGCAUUAUGGUCCUAAAGAAUUCGCUAAAGAUGGUAAAGUAAGUUUCGAGCCAACUCUUCCAAAUAUUACCAUGAAAGAAAUUACGGACCGGCAAUUUUUGUCAGAAUCAGACAUUAAUUGUAUUAACAAGUUUUACAAAUGCGAAUAAAUUCUCUUGUAAAUAUAUAAAUAAAAUUUAGUUCAUUGUCUGAAU